AUGGACACCAAAAUCGGAGCACUUGACGUUUGCAAGCCGGCAAGCAACGAAGUGGGCAGCCUGCCAAACGGCACCGCUAUGGCUAUUCAGAAUUCGGUCCCCUCCACAGUGAUCAACUCGUCCGAGGCCACUCUGGGUCGCCACCUUGCUCGCCGACUCGUCCAAAUCGGCGUCACUGACGUCUUCACUGUGCCCGGUGACUUUAACUUGACCCUCCUCGACCACCUCAUCGCAGAGCCUGGGCUCACCAACAUUGGCUGCUGCAACGAGCUCAACGCCGGCUACGCCGCUGAUGGCUACGCUCGCUCUCGUGGCGUCGGCGCGUGUGUUGUUACUUUCACUGUGGGGGGGCUCAGUGUUCUCAAUGCGAUCGCUGGAGCCUACAGUGAGAACUUGCCUCUGAUUUGUAUAGUUGGAGGACCCAACUCUAAUGACUAUGGAACCAGCCGGAUUCUUCACCACACUAUUGGGUUGCCUGAUUUUAGCCAAGAGCUUAGGUGCUUUCAGACCGUCACUUGCUAUCAGGCUGUCGUAAAUAAUCUGGAAGAUGCACAUGAAUCGAUCGAUACGGCAAUUUCAACUGCUUUGAAAGAAAGCAAGCCUGUUUACAUCAGCAUAAGCUGUAACUUGGCUGGGAUUCCCCAUCCUACUUUUAGCCGGGAACCAGUUCCAUUUUCAUUGUCUCCCAGAUUGAGCAAUCAGUGGGGCUUAGAGGCUGCAGUUGAGGCAGCUGCAGAGUUCUUGAACAAGGCAGUGAAACCAGUUAUGGUAGGUGGGCCUAAACUGCGAGUUGCACAUGCUGGUGAUGCCUUUGUUGAACUAGCUGAUGCCAGUGGUUAUGCUCUGGCUGUGAUGCCUUCAGCAAAGGGGCUUGUGCCAGAGCACCACCCUCAUUUCAUUGGGACAUAUUGGGGCGCCGUGAGCACCGCCUUUUGUGCUGAGAUUGUGGAGUCUGCAGAUGCAUACUUGUUUGCUGGACCAAUUUUCAAUGACUACAGCUCUGUUGGGUACUCUCUCCUUCUCAAGAAAGAGAAGGCAAUCAUCGUGCAGCCCGAUCGUGUGACAAUAGCAAAUGGCCCUUCAUUUGGUUGUGUUCUCAUGAAGGAUUUCCUCCGAGCACUAGCAAAGAAGCUCAACCACAACAACACUGCUCAUGAGAACUACCGCAGGAUCUUUGUUCCUGAUGGACACCCUCUAAAGUGUGCACCCAGAGAACCUUUGAGGGUUAAUGUUCUGUUUCAACAUGUCCAAAAGAUGCUUUCAAGUGAAACAGCUGUGAUUGCUGAGACAGGGGACUCAUGGUUUAACUGCCAGAAACUGAGAUUGCCGGCUGGUUGCGGGUACGAGUUCCAAAUGCAAUAUGGAUCAAUUGGUUGGUCAGUUGGAGCAACUCUUGGGUAUGCUCAGGCUGUUCCUGAGAAGCGAGUGCUCGCUUUCAUCGGUGAUGGGAGCUUUCAGGUGACUGCCCAAGAUGUGUCGACAAUGAUUCGAAAUGGGCAGAGGACCAUCAUCUUCCUGAUAAACAAUGGUGGAUACACCAUUGAAGUAGAGAUCCAUGAUGGACCAUACAAUGUGAUCAAGAACUGGAACUACACAGGACUUGUUGAUGCCAUCCACAAUGGAGAGGGCAAGUGCUGGACAACCAAGGUCCGUUAUGAAGAGGAGCUGAUUGAAGCAAUUGAGACUGCAACUGGGGACAAGAAGGAUAGCUUGUGCUUCAUUGAGGUGAUAGUUCACAAGGAUGAUACCAGCAAAGAGUUGCUUGAGUGGGGGUCUAGGGUUUCUGCUGCCAACAGCCGCCCACCCAACCCUCAGUAA